AUGGACUCGCAAACUUCUAUCCAAUCCGCGCCGUCUCAAGGCGAAGUAUCACCAAUACCAAAUCUUAAAGAUCGACUUCCGAAGCUCGAACCUCGAAAGCGACGCUCAGCUACCUCCAAUCCUACUCCCAUUCCCGAAACACCCGCCUUACCAACGCCACCCGAUACGUCCAACUGGACUUUCAAAACACCGUCGCGAAGAAUUUUAUCAAAAAGGGACCAUGAUAUCUUCUUGUCCUCACCAACAUGUAAGCUCAUUACGGCCUGGGUAUUUGGGCUAGCAGAGUCUGUGGUCGACACUCCCAACUCUGCAGUUCGAGACACCGACCUGAGCAGCCCUCUCAAGGUCAUACUACAUAUCCUCGAUGAGACGGAGCAGCUGGUAGCCAAGUCACCUCCGAAUGAACAAGGUGGAUCAAGAUUUGGUAACAAGGCGUUUCGCGGCCUUCUCGAGCUCGCGCAAAGCAACUGUGCAGCUUGGCAUCGAGAUAUCGGCGUCCAAGACGAGGGAGCUAUCGCCGAACUUUCCACAUACUUCUGUCAGUCUUUCGGUAACGGAAAUCGAAUCGACUAUGGAUCUGGCCAUGAGUUGAAUUUCAUGAUCUGGCUCCUUUGCCUUUACCAGCUGGGCUUGUUAGAGCAAUCCGACUUCAAACCCCUCGUCCUCCGUGUAUUCGUGCGCUACCUUGAGGUGAUGCGUGUCAUCCAGAUGACUUAUUACCUUGAGCCUGCCGGAUCACAUGGAGUUUGGGGACUUGAUGAUUACCAGUUUCUCCCUUUUCUUUUCGGUGCCACACAGCUUUUACACCACCCAUACAUUACCCCAAGAGCUAUUCAUCAAGACCUUACCCUUGAGGAGUUCGGCCACGACUAUAUGUAUCUCGGUCAGGUCAGCUUUGUAAACAGUACAAAGACCGUCAAGGGUCUGAGAUGGCACAGUCCCAUGCUAGACGAUAUCUCAUCAGCGAGAUCGUGGACAAAGAUCGAUGGUGGCAUGCGUCGCAUGUUCGUCGCUGAAGUCUUGGGCAAGCUACCUGUCAUGCAGCAUUUCCUCUUCGGUUCUCUCGUGCCAGCAGCAGAUGGUAUGAGCGAAGACACAGGCACUGGGGAAGACGAGAAUGCCGAACAUGAUCCACACGAGGGCCAUGACCACACAGGAAAGGCUCACGAUGGCACAGGUUGGGGUGAUUGCUGUGGUAUCAAGGUUCCGAGCAGUAUCGCUGCUGCCCAAGAGAUGAAAAAGAGAGGUGGUGAUCAGGGAUUGCGAAGGAUCCCGUUCGACUAA